AUGACCAGUUCACCGCUGCUCUGCCAGCCACGGGCCGCGGGCCUAGGCCUCUUGGUGCUGCUGCUGUUGGGCUUAUUUCGGCCGUCUCUCAUGCUCGGUGCACGGCUCAUAAAGGAGCCCCGACGCUUGGGUGCACCCUCACCACCCCUGGCUGAGGUUAGCGCCUCACGUGGAUUCAGGCAGGCAGAGACCAGAGGAGAGGCAGCAGGGGCAAUGCAAGAACUGGCACGCGCUCUGGCACACGUGCUGGAGGCUGAAAGGCAGGAGCGGGCACGAGCUGAGGCGCAAGAGGUGGAGGAUCAACAAACGCGUGUCCUGGCGCAGUUGCUGCACCUCUGGGAUGCACCUCACACAUCAGACUUGGGUCUAGGUCAGGAUGAUGACCCCAGUACGUCCACAGCACAACUCACACGUGCCCUGCUUCAUGCCCGCUUAGACCCUACAGCACUAGCUGUUCAGCUUGUCCCUGUGCUCCGAACCCGGCCCCGAGCCUAUUAUGACAGCACUGUGGGCCCUGAUGCCAAAGACGCUGGUGAGGAGGCUCCUGAUGUGGACGCCGAGCUGCUGAGGUACUUGCUGGGGCAGCUCCUCACGGGAAGCCCAGACCUCAAGACGAUGGCCACCCCACGCCGCCUCCGCCGGGCUGCUGACCGGAUUGCUGACCAGGAUCUGGGCCCUGAGCUGCUACCUGAAGGUGUGCUGGGGGCACUGCUUCGAGUAAAACGCCUGGAUCCCCCUGCACGCCAGGUGCCAAUGCAUCGCUUCUUGCCUCCCUAA